AUGACUACACCAGACGAGGCCGGCACCAAAGUGAUAGCGCGGGACAAUGCUUCCCGCUCCAGCAGCCGGGACGAGGAGAUGGGGAUACUGACCCCGGUCGAGAACAACCAGCUCAAGAAGUCCCUCAAGAACAGGCAUCUUCAAAUGAUUGCCAUGGGUGGUGCGAUUGGCGCUGGUCUCUUCAUUGGGUCUGGGGCAGCGUUGAGUGCAGGUGGACCAGGCAGCGUGCUUAUAUGCUACACUCUCAUCGGAAUAAUGAUGUUGUUUACUUGUCAGGCUCUCGCCGAGCUCUCGGUCGUCUAUCCUUCCAAUGGCGCCUUUUUCGAACACUGCUUAAGAUUUCUUGACCCAACAUGGGGCUUCGCCAUCGGCUGGGGCUACGCUCUAACCUGGCUGAUCAUCCUUCCUUUUGAGCUUAUUGCGGCCUCGAUCACGAUACAAUUUUGGAACGACACAAUUAACAUGGGAGUAUGGGUGACGGUGUUUCUGGUAGUACUGGCACUUAUUCAAAUAUUUGGAGUUCGAGGAUAUGGCGAAGUCGAAUGUGUCCUCAGCGUCAUCAAGAUCAUAGCCUGCAGCGGCUUCAUCAUACUCGGCAUCGUCAUCAACACGGGCGCUGUGGGAAGGAAGGGAUACUUGGGCGGCGAAUACUGGAGCGACCCGGGUGCUUUCAGGAACGGCUUUGAGGGCUUUGCCAGCGUUUUUGUGAUCGCUUCUUUCUCUUUCGGCGGCACCGAACUGGCCGGUCUCGCGGCGGCCGAAUCAGAGAACCCCGAGAAGUCGGUCCCCAAAGCCUGCAAGCAGGUCUUUUGGCGCAUCUCUUUCUUUUACAUUCUCAACCUAUUCAUCAUGGGCCUGAUUUUGCCAUCCGACGAUCCUCGACUCCUCGGAUCAGAGGGCGCCAACAGCAAAGCAUCACCAUUCGUUUUGGCGAUCCAGGAUGCCGGAAUCAAGGUGCUCCCACACAUCAUGAACGGCGUCAUCACCAUCGCCGUCAUCAGUGUCGCCAACUCGUCGUCGUUUGGUUUCACUCGCACUGUCCAGGCGAUGGCUCAAGUUGGCAUGGCACCCACUUGUCUGGCCAAAAUCGACAAGCAGGGCCGUCCUAUGCGUUGCACCAUCGUGCUCCUCCUGUUUGCCUUGAUUGCGUAUGUCGGGCUGGCACCGAACGAUGCGGGUAUGAAGUUGUUCGACUGGCUUCUUGCCGUCACUGGCGUGACGUAUUUCUUCAUCUGGGGCUCGAUUUGCCUCGCGCACAUUCGCUUCCGGAAGGCUAUGCAGGUCCAAGGCUUGUCCCUUGACCUGGUCCCAUACAAGCCAUCAGGUGGUGUCUGGGGAAGCUGGAUUGCCCUCAUUUUCAACGGCGUCUGUCUCGCAGCCGCCUUCUACGUCUGCGCCAAGCCUAAACCAGGUGCUACUGCGGCGGAAACGGCUGAGAAGUUCUUCAAGGGCUACCUGGCCGCACCGGUGAUGUUUGUUCUCUGGCUCGGGUGGAAGGUGAAGACGGGAGAGUGGAGGCUGCAGACGCCUCUGCACGCGAUUGAUCUCAAGACGGAUGCCAAGUUUAGGGAUCCGGUCAAUUUCGAGCCUGAAGAAAAGAAACCCUUACGCAAACGCAUGUUGGGAGCCCUUUUCUGAUCUGUCGACCAUCUUUUCUUUUCCUCUUGUUGAUGAUGAUGUACAUGGGCAAGCGUUUGGUACAGAGCGUUGUUGUGUGUUGGAAUGUGGGCUUGUGGGGAUUUAAUGACUGGAUACCAUUUUUUGCAUGAAGAUGUCUUGUGGUGAGAGGGAAUCGCCCGUGGCAUCUGGUUUGGGAGAUGAUUAAUGUGAAGAUGAGACGUAGUUAUUUACUCGGGAUGAAAUCUAUAUAGACUAGAGUACGCACCUAAUCAGUCAUGUCCAAAGCUAUAACGGUUUGUUCUUUUUUGAGUCUAAA